AUGGCAGGCCUCGUGGGCUACGAAAGUAGCGACGAUGAAGAAGUCGUGCAGCAGCAGCCGCCAGAUCCAAAGCCGCUGAAACAAACUCAAGAUACUACUAUCAGUCCGGAUACAAAGCCAGACGUCCCGGCAGAACCCAGUGCUGCCUCGCAAAAACCAGAUGAGCAAGCAGCAGCCAUCAUCGGACCACAGAUAGGCCCAGCAGCCGCCGGUCCCAGCUUCCCUCCGCUAGAAGAAGCACCCCUAGAAGACGACUCGGACAGCAGCCCCGGCCCCGGCCUAGGCCUAUUACCCCCAGGCUCGCCGUACACAGCAACCCGCGCGCUCCUGCGGGACCUAACGCUGCCCGCCGUCCCCAACACAGCCAUCCCGCCGUCGCCCCCGGGCUCGCCGCCCCCGGGCACCAGCGCCAAGUUCGAGCGGUUCCUCGAGCUCAAGCGCCAGGGCGUGCACUUCAACUCGCGCGUCGCCCAGAACCCGUCCCUGCGCAACCCCGCCCUCACCGACAAGCUGCUGUCCUUCGUCGACCUCGCCGCCCCCGCCGACCAGUACCGCACCACCCUGCCCGCCCACAUCUGGGACCCCGCGGCGUUCCCGCGCGGCGCGUACCGCGAGCAGCUUAGGCUGAGCCAGAGCGAGGCCGAGAAGGCUAGGGCUAGGACCAAGGGCGCGCCGGUGGAUUUUGUGGCGGCGGCCGGGGAUGGACAAGGAGGUGUGCUGCAGAGUGCUUCGCAGGGAGGGGGCGUGUCGAAGGCGAGCACGGGGAAGAGGAAGACGAGGUUUGAUGCGUAG